AUGGCUGCUUUCUCUAGCCCCAGCCCGGGACCCAACCCCAUGGUUGAAACUCAACCUUCAGCGACUGCGACACCAUUGCAAGUGGAUGAAGAACCAAAUGAAGACAGCGACUCCUCAUACAGUGUCUCAAGAGCUGGCAAGCCAAACCUCCUCAAUCAAUUCCAGCAUCUUGAAUUACAGAACGGGCGGCGCUAUCAUGCUUUCCGCGAGGGGACUUAUCUCGUUCCUAAUGACGAAGAAGAACAAACGAGGAUGGAUUUAGUACAUCAUAUUUACUCCCUUCUGUUAGACGGAAAGCUUUUUCUUGCACCAAUCGGUAGCCCGUCUGGUCGUGUCCUAGACUUGGGAACCGGCACAGGUAUCUGGGCGAUAGACUUUGCAGAUGAGAACCCGUCGGCGGAAGUUCUCGGAACUGAUUUGAGUCCAAUCCAACCUGGAUGGACGCCACCCAACUGUAUAUUCGAGGUGGAUGACUUUGAAGCCGAAUGGCUGUAUCACACUCCUUUCGACUUUAUCCAUGCACGAGAACUUCAAGGCUGUAUCAGCAAUGAUGACCGCUUCUUCAAGCAAGCACUGAAACACCUGACUCCUGGCGGAUAUUUCGAGAUACAAGGUGUUGCUGCUCCCUUUCUAUCCGAUGAUGGUACGGCCGAGAAAGCUGUGAACGCUCAGCUGUGGCUGAAUACGCUUUGCGAGGGGGCUGCUAAGUUUGGCAAGCCUCUCGAUAGUGCUCCUUUAUGGAAGACGAAGAUGGAAGCUGCUGGUUUUGUAGAAAUCCAUGAGGAGGUGCGGAAAAUACCUAUUGGCAAAUGGCCUAAAGAUCCCAAGCUCAAGGAAAUCGGAAGAUUCCAAGCGAUUCAGGCAGCACAGGCCAUUGAAUCUUACACGCCACAGAUCUUCUCUAAUGUACUUGGAUGGUCACAGGAAGAGAUACAGGUGUUCAUGGCUAAAGCGAAGAAUGAGAUUAAAGAUCCUUCUGUCCACCUCUAUUUCCCUGUACACAUUCUGUGGGGAAGAAGAGCCAGUUUGAAAGCAGAGUAA